AUGGCCGACCCAAACCCAGCUGGCGCUAGGAACUUCACGGCGGCCCUGUGGACAGCAAUCGUGUUAACAGGAACCUCACAGUGGCUCAACGAAGCCACAACAAUAGCUCCCGUGAACGACGCGUGGAAGCAAUGGCUCCUCGAAGCCGGGGCAAAGGCCCAACCCAUUGACGAACACGAGGGUCGCUUCGAAAUGCGUCGGACUUGGGGUAUCUCCCAUAGUAUACAGCGUAUGCCAACUGGGACCGACUGGCGGUUCAUUCGCGCGGCAGAUACUCCUGAGGCGAAUCAUACCAGGCGGAUCAUCAUUCGCCGGCAGAUCGGCAGCUGGGAAUACAACAAGCGACUAACAGAGAUUCUGGCCGAGUAUGCGCCCAAAACCAGGAAGCCAUAUCCAGAUGAGACGGACGAGACCAUCGAGCCAGUCGCAGCCAACAGUGCGUCGGCACAGGGGCCGUCAUCCGCCGUCGAAGCCCUCCCCAACGCACUCAACCUGGCACAUAGGGUAACAGGCCUCACUGUCAGGACAACAGCAGCUUCAAGCGCACAAACAUUUCUGUCAUCUUCGGUUGACGUAGAAAAGGCCCAUGCAUAA